AUGAAGGUCACUUUCAUCGUCUCGGCCUUGGCGGCACUGAGCUCCGUUUCGGUCUCAGCGUUCCCCUUCAUGUCGCCUAGCGGCAACACUGAGAUCUUCGGUCUCAUCAACCAGCUUAAGAAGUUCGACCCCAAGCAGAUCGAGGCCCUUACUAGCCAGAUCAAGGAGGGUAUGGCCCAGGCUGGCGUCGACGUCCCCAAGACCAACUUUGGCGCCACCAACUUCAAGAACCUUAAUGAGGAGGCUAUCUACAAGGCUUUCGGCAUCACGCAUGACCGCCAGACCGCUGUCGACGGCAACCAGGCCAACGCACAGAACAACACGUUCGACACCACUGGCACUAUCCCGUCCAACUCGUCCCUUAUUGGCCGUGACAUUGCCUCGUUCCUCGGCUUCGGCCCUGCCGAGGACGCCGACCACCCUUGGAUCGCUCCCGGCCCUGGUGACCUCCGCGGCCCCUGCCCCGGUCUCAACACUGCCGCCAACCACGGCUACCUCCCCCGCAACGGUGUCGUCAACCCCGUCCAGCUCUUCGUCGGUGCCUUCCAUGCUCUCGCGCUCUCCCCGGACCUCUGCGCUGUUCUUGCCGCCAUCUCGUUCCUCUUCAAGGGUGACAUGACCACGCUCACGCUCUCCAUUGGAACUCGCAACGGUCUUGGUGACGGUCUUGCCGGCCACGGUGUCCUCGAGGGCGAUGCUUCAGUCACUCGUCAGGACGCCAACCUUGGCAACCAGUGGGUUGUCGACAAGGGACGCUUCGACCUGUUCAUCAAGGAGAUGGACCAGUACGGUGGUGGCGACGUCACUCCCUACUCGCUCGCCCAGUCGCGUUACCGUGCGUGGCAGUACUCGCGCAAGAACAACGCUCGCUUCGACUUCAACCCCUGGCGCAUGGUUGUCGCCUACGGCGAGUCGGGCUUUGUCAUGCAGAACCUCCGCGGCGACAACAUCCACUUCACAAAGGACAUGGCCUACCACUGGUUCAUGCUUGAGCGCUUCCCUCCCGGAUGGUGCAAGCGCAAGAUCCCGAUGACCGUCCCUGAGAUUUUGGCGUGGGCUGUCCUCAUCGAAGCCCUCAAGCCGACCUUGCCCGGCUGGUCCCUCGGCAUCAAGGGUCUCUUCAUCCCCCUUCCCGACUUUGGAUCGCUCGGCGGUUUCUUUGGCGGUGGCAUCCUCGGGAUUGGUGGCGGCAACACUGUCAAGGAUGUCGGCUGUGCCGUCGGUGGCGCCGUCCUCGGCUGGUUCCCUUCGACCCUGGGCAACCUCUUUGGCGCCCUCAACAUUGGCGGCCUCAACGGCAUGUCGUGCUAA